GCGCCUGCGCGGUGCGGGCGGCGGGCAGCGCAGAGUGCGAGAUUCUUUUGUUCCGCAGAAAGGAGGGCCGUUGGCCUGGGCCUGCGGUACGCCGCCUCAGUGAGGGGUUUGUCCGCGGCCACCCGGUUCGCUGCUUUUCUGGGCGCCAUUUCCCCGCUGGCCGGACACGACGCGCCAGUAGCGCAGCACCAAUUCCCCUCGGGCUCUUGGGCGCUGCUCUGAGCAGCGUCACCCUUUACACCAGAAAGCUGGCGGGCACUAUGGGGAAAAAACAAAACAAGAAGAAAGUGGAGGAGGUGCUAGAGGAAGAGGAAGAGGAAUAUGUGGUGGAAAAAGUUCUCGACCGUCGAGUGGUAAAGGGCAAAGUGGAGUACCUCCUGAAGUGGAAGGGUUUCUCAGAUGAGGACAACACAUGGGAGCCAGAAGAGAACCUGGAUUGCCCUGAUCUCAUUGCUGAGUUCCUGCAGUCACAGAAAACAGCACAUGAGACAGAUAAGUCAGAGGGAGGCAAGCGCAAAGCUGACUCUGAUUCUGAAGAUAAAGGAGAGGAGAGUAAACCAAAGAAGAAGAAAGAAGAGUCAGAAAAGCCACGAGGCUUUGCCCGGGGUUUGGAGCCGGAGCGGAUUAUUGGAGCUACAGACUCCAGUGGAGAACUCAUGUUCCUGAUGAAAUGGAAAAACUCUGAUGAGGCUGAUCUGGUCCCUGCCAAGGAAGCCAAUGUCAAGUGCCCACAGGUUGUCAUAUCCUUCUAUGAGGAAAGGCUGACGUGGCAUUCCUAUCCCUCAGAGGAUGAUGACAAAAAAGAUGACAAGAAUUAACUCAACUGAGUACCAGCCCCUGUCACUUCUGACUGUGGGUUUAAAGUGGGGGAGGGGAAGGAGUUCUACUUGUCUUGACACCAUAGAGGUGGCUUGAGAAGAUGUCCUUUGAAGAGCCAGUAUAGUUUCUGUGCCCUGCAGCAGCCCAAGUGCUUUUAAAGCCGUUAGGUGCUGUUUAGUUUGCACACCCAUCCCAGUGGAGGGGAAGAGGGGAUAAGUGUUUCAAGGCAACCCAUUCUGCACUUUGCUGAGGAAAGCAAAGGGCCUUCUAUGAAGGACAGAACUUGCAGAGUGGCGUGUGGGAGAGCAAAAAGAUACUGUAGAUCUUCAAAGAGCAUCUCCACAACCCACAGCCUUCUUCCCAAUAGUGUUAACUCUGCAUUUUUACAGCGUAGCAUGUGUGUAGUUUUGGCUGUUACUGGUGUAUUAUUUGGGGUGGGGGUGGGGAGGAAGAAGGGAGAUGGAUAGAAUCUUUUUUUUUUUUUUUUUUUAAAUUUGGGGCCUGAUUGGGGAAAUGGUGAAGCAGUGGAAAAAACAAGUAACUAAUGAUUCAGUUCUGUAUCCAGAAUAUUUUACCUUUUCAAAAAAUGUCAUUAGCAACAUAAAUGAGGACGGUGAGAGACUGUUUCAAAGCUGUGAAUGCCUAAAACCUAUAAGCCAAGGUGUUCCCUGCCUGACUUUAAAUGCUGUCUCCCAUAAAGGACUAAACCAGUUAGUAAUUUACCAAAGCUGCCAUUUGGAGAUGGAAACUAAGGAGGGAAAGUCUUUUAUUGGAGCAUAUACACAGGCAGAUCAUUCUGUCUUUGAGGUGCUAAUUCUUGAAAUUGACGAAAAGACCCUUUCUUUUCUGAUUAAGUUCUAUACAUCAGCUUGUCCAUCCACGCCACUGGCUGAGGAUUUGGGGAAGGGGAAGAGAGUGGUAUAGGAGACGGGAGAAGAGGAAAAGCCCAUGUUCUAAGGGUGGAAAAUUCAUAGAGCCUCUCUGCUUUUUUGAACUUUGACUUCUGAAACCAUCAGUGGCAGGGUUCAGUCACUGACAGCACAAAUUUCAUUGGAUCAGUUCAAGGGUUCAAUGACUUCAAUAGCUCUGGUCUCAGGAGAAAUUAAACUUUCACACUGGGGCAGUGGUUCACUUCAAACAAAGAAACUCACAUAAAAAAAAAAAAAUCCCAAGAAUUAACUGAUAUCCAAAUGCUUUGUCUUGAAUCAUAAGAUCUAUCUGUUCUUGACACCAUCUAGACCUGCAUCUAGAACUGUAUUGUAAACUUUUUAGGCAUGUGUUAGAUUUCUGUGAAAACUUUGUUUAAAUGUAAACUUCAUAUCAUACUGUCAGUUUCUGUCUUAAUAAAAGUAUAGAUUUAUAA